UGAAAGUUCAGUACGAUAUGUUUUCCUCGUGAGGCGAAGCCUUGGCCACCAUGAUCUUGCCAGUGGCAAUCGGGGGUGAGGUGUACGAGUAUGUGGAAAGUGCGGCUGGUGUUGUUGUUUUUCCAUACACACUAACGGCUCCUGCUCAUACUUGAACCAGAGCAGGACAGGAAGACCUAGAGAUGAACGGGGACUCUAAGGACACGGAAGACAAAAACAGCGAUCCUGGCAAAGAUAACGCUGUGCUGAAGGAUGAGACAAAACACAACAAACUAAAAGAAGACGAGAAUGUAAGCGAGAAAGAAGUUUACCCAAAGAAACAAGAAGACUCGGAACACGCCAACAAUGGAGAAGCUGAAACAGGAAAUAAUUUACACGACAUCACCUUCGAGAAUCUCUUGCAGCUGGUGGGGACGAGAGGUCGCUGGAACGUGCUUCUUUUCGUCCUCUGUGCUUACAGCACCUUCGUGUCUCCGAUGCAAACACUAUCGUAUCAGUUUCUUGGCGCCACUCCUGAUUACUGGUGUCGCGUUGACCCGCUGCUGGACGCCGGCUGGACGCAGGAGCAGAUCUUCAGCUUCGCCAUUCCUAUCAAUGAAGAAGGCAAGCAUGAGUCAUGCCUUAUGUAUGACCACAACUACACUCGUGCGGUGGAGAUGGGCUACGUGGAAGCCGCCGCCACCCUGCACAACAACACUGCCAUCGUGCCUUGCUACACCAGAGAUUUCAACCGUUCGCAGUACCAAUCCACCAUGACGACCGAGUGGGACUUGGUGUGCGAGAGGAGAGCCUUGUAUUCCACCACGCAGGCCGCGGCUCAGAUAGGCAAGUUUGCUGGCGCCUUUCUUCUGGGAUACUUGUUAGACUUGUACGGACGUAGGAGAAUAGUGUUGUGGUGUUCAAUGCUGUCCAUUCUGUCGGCAUUCGGGUCCGCUCUGUCUCCUGUCGUGGAAGUGUACAUAUUCAUGAAGGUAGUCAUCAUGGCCGUCAUGGCUGGUAUCUAUCUGGGAUGCAUCACACUCUUGAUGGAGACGUCUGGACGCCGUGAAAGAACGAUGGUGUCUGCCCUGUUCGUUGUCCCGUGGGCCCUGGGAUACAUGAUCUUGCCGGGCGUCGCUUAUCUAGUGAGGCCCUGGAAGUGGUUGCAAGCCGCCACCUCCCUCCCGACGUUACCGUUGGUACUCUACUAUUGGUUUCUGCCAGAGUCACCUCGCUGGCUGAUCCUGCAGGGAAGACAUCAAGAAGCGCUUGAAAUCCUCGCGUCAGCUGCAAAACUAAACAAGAAAACGUUACCAUCGGAGGAGAAACUGCUGGCCACCAUGCAGCUGCUGCAGAAAAAAGCAUCAACUGAGAAAGAUACAGAUCUGUCGGACUUCGAGAGAAACACAAAGCGCGACCACUGGAAUGCAGUGCGUCGCGUGGUGAGCGUAACGAAAAAGUACCUGGCUGUGCUGAGGGUGAGGGAGCUUCGGGGACGAGCUCUCAUCGUCUUCUACUGCUGGUUUACCGCCUCGUUGGUCUACUAUGGAAUAUCCCUCAACGCCACAAAUAUAAGCGCGGACCCUUACCUCUACAUCUUCCUGGGAGGUCUGCUAGAACUGCCCUCGUACUUCCUGCUGUGGCCUCUCAUGGCUUGCCUGGGACGAGUCAAGCCCCUGGCACUGUUGUAUCUGUUGUGUGCCAUCGCCAUCCUCAUAAUGUCGUCUUUAAUCUACUUCUACCCCGCCGCUCCCAUCGGUUUGCUCAUGUUCCUGUCGUUGAGCGGGAAGGUGGCUAUCACUAUGGGUUUCCACUUGAUCUGGCUCUUCACCCUGGAACUGUUCCCCACCAAAUACCGCUCCCUCGCCACCUCACAGGCCAGCGUGUGUGCCAGGGUGGGCAGUGUCAGCUCUCCAUACCUCAACGACAUACUGGGAGAACUUGUAACGUGGGCGCCUUCAGCCGUCUUCAGCAUCCUGUCUUUAAUAGCUGCCGUCCUUUCCAUUAUUCUCCCUGAAACAAAAGGACGUGCCUUAUCGGAGGGAAAUACUAUUGAGAAACGCGCUGACAGUCAAGGUAAAAAUAACUUGGGCUUCUCGGUGGAAACAGAUCAUCGAACAAGAUUCUUGAAAACAACCGAAGCAGAUGAUGGGGAGCCUGACACCAAAGAGAGUAUGACUACACACAUAUAACAGGUGAGCCCAAGUGUAUGUUAUUAAUGUAUGGUGACAUUAAGUAUGCUACUGCAGAACCGCGGUCUAUAGUAAAACAUCUCAACACAACAUGAAUGUGUUGCAUGCUCGUGCUCCCGCACAAACACAUAUAUUGUUAAGAUGCCCUGUAACAUAAGCAUUGAGAAAAAUAAGCUGAACUUCACAAGUAUGAAUGAUCUGUAUCGUAGAUCAUUCAUACUUGUAGUUGUAGAUAUUGUAGUUAUAUCUGAUGUUUAGAAGUAUGCUUAACUUGUCUGUUCAGUUUACUGGAUACUAUUAUUAAAAGAUUGUUAGUUGGACAAAAAUAAUGUAACAUGUCUACAUCUGCUGUGUUAUAGUACAUUUUUGUCAAUAAACUAAUUAGCUAAAGGAAUAGUACCCUUUCACCCUUUUGUUUUAGAAAUGUAUCGAUGAAGUGGUUUUGAGAACUGUCACAAAAUGAUUAUCAGAGCAGUAAUAAAUAUAAUUUGUA